AUGAGGAAGCUGCCUCCUUUUAACACUUGCAAGAUCCAGUGGGAUAAGGCAUGGAAACUGUGCAGAGACAAGGACGUGAAAUUCAUCAGGGCGUAUGUCAGAGGCACAGAAAAGGACGACGAGGAGCAGAAGAUGCUGUUCCUCAGCAAAAUCUGCGAUCUGUGCAGAUGUGUCACAGAGAGGGGUGUGCCGCUGAACUUGCAUGACUUCUGCUGCCAAACUAACCUGGUGGAGAACAUCAUGGCGCUGCUGGAAAAGGAGCCCAUGGACAGCUUGCGCACAGCAUUCCGGCAGAAGGCCAUGGAGACUGUCGCCCUCCUCAGCAACACCGUGCCGACAACACUGUGUGGCGAAAAGGAGAGUCUCCUGAACGUGUGCUGCAAGAGCGUCUUCUUUCUACCUCCCAAGUCGGACAUGCCAGAGACAGAAGGAGCGCUCUACGCCAAGACUAUGAAAGCCCUGGACACCAUGCUGGAGGGCUUCGUACUCAACUGUCCCAUCGCCAGUUUCAACAUAGAGAUGCAGAAUAUGUUGAAGGUGAUGCUGGACUUUGCUGUCUCCAAAAACUCAGCUGUGCGUGAGAGAGCUGUGAAGGUGAUUGAGAGGCUGAUUACUUUCUUCCGCUGGUAUUUGGUGAUCAAGGUAAGGCACAAGGAAUUUUCCACCCUUUCCUGCAUCCCAGAGCAUCCUGCCAUGCAAGGGUGCCUGUGAGGCAAGCCUCAACGCACGUGAGAGCCUCAGCACUGUGAAGCGAGGGUCUUCGUCCCUCCUUUGCCCCUGCUCUUCCCUCCCCAGGCCGUGCUCUCUCAGGGGCUGGCUCUGCCUCCACUAAGCCCUUUGUCUCUCCUCCCUUCCUCAAACAGAUCUUAGGGAACUUUGAAAAC